CGUUUCAGCCCCAACCUGGGCCUUUGUCAAGGUAGAGAAAAGGAAAAUUCCAGUAAUCAGUUAAGUGAACUGAAUUCAGAUUCUACCUUAAGAAAAUCAGAGAAUCACAGGGUCAUAGAGCAUCACAUGAGUGCUCAUGUAAAUGCAUCUGGGGAUUCAAUGCGGUUACUGUCCCACAUCCGCCCAGAAAGACUUACUACGCAGCAGCUUUUAAGAUCUCUGGGAGUUACCAGCUCUGCUCGAUUCUUUUCAAUAGCUGCUGGAAAGCGAACCGGCCUAAUGCUAAACAGAAAACUGGGCUGCCAAGGUUUCGGAGCAUCUGUGGCAGCAAUGACCUCUUUCCCACCCCAGCGAUACCACUACUUUCUAGUUUUGGACUUUGAAGCAACCUGCGACAAACCACAAAUCCAUCCUCAGGAAAUAAUUGAAUUCCCCAUCCUGAAGUUAAAUGGCAGAACAAUGGAGAUUGAAUCCACCUUUCAUACAUACGUACAGCCUGUGGUCCACCCCCAGCUUACUCCUUUUUGCACAGAGUUGACAGGAAUUAUCCAGGACAUGGUAGAUGGACAGCCGACUCUCAGUCAAGUUCUAGAGAGAGUUGACGAGUGGAUGGCCAAGGAGGGCCUGUUAGAUCCGAGUGUCAAGUCUAUCUUCGUUACUUGUGGGGACUGGGAUUUGAAACUUAUGUUACCAGGACAGUGUGAAUAUUUAGGACUCCAGGUCGCAGACUAUUUCAAGCAGUGGAUUAAUCUGAAAAAGGCAUACAGCUUCGCUAUUGGCACUUGGCCAAAGAAUGGACUUCUAGACAUGAACAAGGGUAUGAGCCUGCAGCACAUAGGGCGGCCUCACAGCGGCAUAGAUGACUGCAGGAACAUUGCUAACAUCAUGAAGACACUUGCACACCGAGGCUUCAUCUUCAAGCAAACCUCCAGGCGCAUCUGAUGUGGUCGGGGGCCGGGCUGUGGGGUGGGAUGGGACUAGAGGCUGCAUGUAGCGCUUCUCUUACUGUGUGUUCACAUGGGAGGACAGAAUGAAUACAGGACUCAGUAGAGGGACACAACCGCUUGAGGGUAAUGGGCAAACCACUGGGAGGAGGAUGGAUAUCGCCAGUGCUCAGAUAUCUAUCAUGGAGAAGUGUUACAUACCUGUAUAUGUGCUCCCUGACACUCCACCUCGCUCUGUGCACCCACCCAGUGUACUACGGUAUCUUAAACCCCAUCCUAUCUAUUACUCCAUGUUCUGCCACGGGGAGGAACACAUAACACAUGUUCCUGUUACUGUCCAGGACUAUAAAGAACUAAAUGAAAUUAAAAUGCAAAAUCUUAAUUUUAAAGUAAAUGUUGCAGGAUGUAUUUGUAAACUUAAUUGGAGAAUGUUCAGGUGGGCAGCUAAAUCCUGUAAUUCUGAGAUAAUGUAUCUGAGAAGCAUUCAGACUUAUAUGAGAGGGUCCAGGGGGGUAUAAUUGCUUGGUUGUGUUUAUAAGCCACUGAAUGCUGUUUGUUUUGUAGAAAUAAUAACUAAAAACGUGAGAUGGUAAUGGAUAAUGUAUGCAAGCACCUGUAUGUAAGCUCCUAAGUGGUCACCAUUGCCCACAGUAGGGUGCUUACUGCUAUUAGUUUUUUCAGACUCCACUUGUUGGGCUUUGGUUUUGCGCAAGUGCAUGGUGCAUUGUAUCCGUUUAUAUUGUGUUAAACUCCGAUGUGCAGAGCGGUUAGCGUUUCAUUUCUAUAAACUAAUGACCUACUAACAAGAGUAUAGCUUCAAAUUUCUCCUGCCAUUCUUUAUAUUGAGCAGUUAGACAUAACAGACUAAAAGUUUUUUAAACUGGAUUUUUGCAUAGUUUUUAUUGCUCAAGCAAGUUGCCUGGUUGGCGUGAUACAUCCCGCUCUAGCUUGUCGUAUAAUUAUCCUGAAUCUCACCCAUUUCCAUCAGCUCUUCAGUAGCGCAGUGAGUUAAAGGGCCAUAAUACCCAAAUGUUUAAACACUUGAAAGUGAUGCAGCAUAGCUGUAAAAAGCUGACUAGAAAAUAUCUCCUGAACAUCUCUAUGUAAAAAAGAAAGAUAUUUUACCUCAAAAGUUCCUCAGCAGCCACCUCCCAUUGUAAAGGAUUUCUAAGCAGCAUUUUAGUGUGUCUGUCCUGGGACAGCUGAAAGGAUGAGCCUCGUGAACUCUCAUAUUAUUUCACCAAUCAGGUAAAGGAAGCUUACUAUGAAAUCUCAUGAGAGUUAAGUCAAAUCUCAUGAGAUCACAAUAAGAGUUCAUGACCUCAGCACUGCUGAUGCUGAUUGGCUGCUGUUCAUUUCUUCAUUUUUUUUUUAUUUUUACCUGCAGCUGGGAGCAGCUGAGUAUAAUUUUUCACACAGAACUUACUCUGCUGAGCUGAGGAGAUUGUGAGGUAAAAUAUCUUCCUUUUUUACAUGGAGAUGCUCAGGUGAUAUUUUCCUGUCAGCUUUUUACAGUUAUACUGCAUCAGUUUCAAGGGAUUUAGCAUAUGAGUAUUAUGUCCCUUUAAUAUAACUGCACACUUUAAGCGCCAUGUGAUCCAGACAUUUUAAAUUUUUAUUUUUAAUGAUUAUCAAUGUGCAGUAAAAAUUCAGAUCCAGAAUGUUAAGUGACAAUGGCUGCACAUAUUUGCUCAGAUGAUCUGUGUAACGCCCCAAGAGAGCACAAAUCUAGUGUGUCUAUAUCAUUGUCAAGGUCAGGAAUGGGAACAAGUCACUCUAACCAUGGGCUUAAUGGAACACGACUCCCGGUAUGUCCCACUGAACGUUGUCUUGUCUCUUGUGAUACACGUGUCUGGGGAACACUAUGCAGAUUUAUAGUAUAUUCACCUGCAAAUCUUCUGAGAAUUAUAGGGUAUGUGAGCAUUCCUGUUACAGUUACAAAUUUGGAUGUUAUAGAAUGUAGUUCUAUACAAGACAAGUUACGCCCUGCACCGCAGAGCCUGUGCCAGGAAACCUAUGAUUUAUGCUGACAGCAAGACGAACUCUCAACAUGUACCCUGGUCAGUACAUACAGUCCCUACUUAUUGACAGCCAUUUAUCCACAAUGGUUUAUAUGUUCUUCCCACCAUGACCUCAUAAAAGUGUUCCUAAACUUUGUGACUUGUGGCUGUUCCGCUUUACCUUAAAAGGACACUGAACCCAAAUAUUUUCUUUUGUGAUUCAGAUAGAGCAUGGAAUUUUAAGCAACUUUCUAAUUUACUCCUAUUAUCAAAUUUUCUUCAUUCUCUUGGUAUCUUCAUUUGAAAUGCAAGAAUGUAAGUUUAGAUGCCGGCCCAUUUUUUGGGGAACAACCUGGAUUGUCCUUGCUGAUUGGUGGAUAAAUUCAUCCACCAAUAAAAAAAAAUGUCCAGAGCUCUGAACCAAAAAAAAAGCUUAGAUGCCUUCUUUUUCAAAUAAAGAUAGCAAGAGAACGAAGAAAAAUUGAUAAUAGGAGUAAAUUAGAAAGUUGCUUAAAAUUGCAUGCUCUAUAUGAAUCACAAAAGAAAAGAUUUGGGUUCAGUGUCCCUUUAACCUCACAAAAUUAAACGUAUAAACCUUUGAUGAAACGUGCUGCUCCCCGUGAUGCAGGAAUGUUAGAGGGAAGGGUACGAGGCCGGAGUGUCGAGACACUGACCUUAUCCAUACAUAAAAUGCUCGGCGGGUGUUGUUGCUCCAGUGAAGUAAAAAUAAAUGAACAAACUUAACAAGAAGAAUAAAAAUAAAUGAAGAUAA